AUGAAUAAAGCCAAGAUAGACAUCAUGAGGAUGCUUCGUGAAAUCAAGGCACAAAUCGAAAUGCGUAUUUUGCACUCUACCAUGGCAGAUUGGGAAACAAAACAGAAUGCAGUUGACCGAUUAAGCAUGAAAGACUUGAUCGGAUUUCGAAAUUGGUACAAGAACGAAACGGCUCUCAAUAACCGGUAUAAAAAGUACACUGUACGUAACUCCUAUUUCAAAAACAUGAUAACAAGUGAAAGGGAAAAGCAGUUGGAGAAAUUGCAAACCCUAGAUCUAGUAAAACGAACAAAAUUGGAUCAAGCACCGCCAGAAUGGUUCACAAGUCCUCUCACGGCCAAUGCAUAUUACCAAGGAGCGCUUAACGCAAUACUCACCCCAGCUGCCAUAUUACAAUUGAAAAGUUAUUAUUUGCUUUUAAUCAAU